UUCUACAUAACACAAGUCACAAGAAGGAGACUCCCAGACCUCUGUGUAAAAGUUUUCCAAAUCCUUAAACAGGCUGAUUUUCAUUUUCAGUUGAACUGUUGGUAACUUUCGUAGGAUGAAGUAACCAACUUCAGAUGCAUACCUUGGAGGGAGCAAUUAAGGACAUCAGACAGAAGAGCGCUUGCUUGGAUACUGGGGUAUUGUUACUAAUCAUCUAGAAGAUACAAUGAAUUGGAUUUUGUGGUACUGUUGCAUUAUGACUGGAUGCAGUAAGGUACUGGGGCAAUGGUGGUGGUGGUGGGGCAGCACACAAACCACCUUAGCACCUACACAGUCUUUGCCACCUACCACGCUUGGCACUGUCCAUAUCAGUGAGAUGACCACAGAGGCUGCUGCUACUGUUGGCACUAGCAUCCCAGCAUCACAGCCUGGCUCUGAGAAAACCCCACCAACUUCUUCCCCGUACUCAGAAACCCCAGCGCCCCAGCCUCAUAACAAUAUAACAGAGUAUUUGGGCCAGCAGAAGAAAAAGAAAAAAACCUAUAAAAAGACAGAACGAGGAAGUAGAGGACAUCUUGAUCUCCUAGAACUGAUUGGCGUUCCUCUUCCACCUUCUGUUUCUUUCACCACUGGAUAUGAAGGGUUUCCAGCCUACAGUUUUGGCCCAGACGCUAAUAUUGGCCGUCUCACAAGAACAUUUAUCCCGCAGCCAUUCUUUAGAGAAUUUGCUGUGAUUGCUACAGUGAAACCUAACAGCAAUCAUGGAGGAGUGUUGUUUGCCAUAACUGAUGCAUUUCAGAAGAUUAUCUACCUGGGCCUCAGGCUAUCAUCUGUUGAAGAUGGGACACAAAGGAUAAUAAUGUACUAUACAGAGCCUGGUUCACCAAUUUCCAAAGAAGCUGCGUCAUUUAAAGUGCCAAUAAUGACAAACAAGUGGAAUCGUUUUACAAUGAACGUGGUAGGAAAUGAAAUUGUUCUAUACAUGGAUUGUGAAGAAUACCAUAGAGUUCCAUUCCAACGAUCAUCUGAAGCACUGAUAUUUGAAGCCAGCUCUGGUAUAUUUGUUGGAAAUGCUGGAGCAACCGGCCUGGAGUCAUUCACUGGAUCUAUUCAACAACUGACACUGAAACCUAACCCCAGAGCUGCAGAAGACCAAUGUGAAGAUGAUGACCCAUAUGCAUCCGGGGAAGGCAGUGGUGAGGAAAAUAUAAGGGAACAAGUUGGACUGUCGGAGACUGAAGAAACUAUUCCACUAACCCGGUCACCGCCAAAAGCCAUAACUGGACCAGUUAAAGCGCCACCUACAGUUUCAAGUUUCAUUGAAGAGAUUGACUAUUCUGGGAAUUUCGGGGUCACUGAGCAGACAAUCUCUCCAAGUAGCAGUGACAAAAAUAAAGCAUCUUCUAACAAGGGAGAGGUGGGUGAAGAAGGUGCUAUAACAGCAAAAUUAGAGCAUAUGAGAGCAAACCCUGACAGCACCUCUGCACCUGGACAUUUUACAGAUGGGACACAAUACCAGGGAGAAAAGGGUCAGAAGGGGGAGCGAGGAGAACAAGGACCAAUUGGUCCACCCGGAAAACCAGGAGCUGAAGAAAAUGAGGGGCAGCCAGGUCCUCCCGGACCCCCUGGCACAGAUGGGAAGAAGGGUGAACCUGGUGUCCCUGGAAAACAUGGAUUGCCGGGUGAAAGGGGUGUUGCAGGACUUCAAGGAAAGCCCGGGAGUAAAGGAGAAAAGGGCGAUGCUGGGGUUGGGAUUCCAGGACCUCCUGGCAUUCCAGGUCCACCUGGUCCACCAGGUCCAAUGGGUCCACUAAAAGAAACGACUGGAGACGAUGCUGAAGGUUCAGCCAGUGGUGACAUUGGAAGAUUUAGAGAAAUGUGUCCACCUGGUCCUCCAGGCGCUAUUGGGCCACCGGGUCCACCAGGGCCACCUGGGACCCCUGGCUCUGGCAUGGAAGGACCUUCAGGAAAGGAUGGAAAAGACGGUGAAUCUGGGAUGCCUGGACCUCCUGUGUGGGAUGAGGACAUUAGUGGUUCUGGCAUGGGUUUACCUGGCCCACCUGGAUUAGAAGGAAUGAUCGGUAUUCCUGGUGAAAAAGGAGCAAAAGGUGAUCAAGGUUUACAAGGUCUACCUGGUUCAAAGGGUGAAGUUGGAUCACAAGGACCUCAAGGACCCCCUGGCGGUCAGGGGGUACAAGGAAAACAAGGCCUUCAAGGAAUCAGUGGACCCCCAGGACCGCCUGGCCCACCAGGACCACCUGGACCUGGAUAUGGAUUUGGAUUUGAGGAUAUGGAAGGCUCUGGAGAUGAACGAUUAAGAGCAGGACCAGGAGCCAAAGGAGAAAAGGGAGAUACAGGUCUUCCUGGUAUAAAGGGGGAAAAGGGGGAUCGAGGUAAACCUGGACAGGACGGAAAAGAAGGAACUCCAGGACUGCAAGGAUCCAUGGGAAAUAAGGGUGAAAAGGGGGAUAAAGGAGCCAAGGGUGAAAGAGGACAAGACGGUGCAAGUAUUGUAGGACCUCCAGGCCCACCUGGACCCAUGGUAACACUUCAAGAUCUGCUCUUAAAUGACACAGAAGACUUACUGAACAUUACUGGCAUGCAACUACAGCCUGGGUCCCCUGGACUUGAUGGGAAACCAGGACCACCAGGAUUGCCUGGGCCGAUUGGACCAAAGGGUAAUACAGGGAAGCCUGGUUCUUCUGGACCAAAGGGUGAAAAAGGAGAACCAGGGGCGCUUAUUGCGGCUGACGGCUCUAUGAUUUCUGCACUUGCGGUAGGCCAGGGACUAAAGGGUGAACCUGGCAUGAUGGGACCUAUGGGGCCAAUGGGAGCAAAAGGACAACAAGGAGAUAAAGGAGAAUUUGGUUUUCCAGGCCGGCCAGGUCGUCCCGGGUUGAAUGGUGUAAGAGGACAGAAAGGAGAAUCUGGAACAUCUUUAGUUGGUCCUCGAGGACUACCAGGGCCACCUGGACCUCCCGGUCCACCAGUACCUGUUUUCAACAUAAAAGGAAAUGUAUAUCCAGUCCCUCCCAGACCUUACUGCAAAAUGCCUGCAGAUGCAACUAAUGGCGCAUCGGACAUGUGUGGUCGAAAGGGAGAGAAGGGUUCUUUUGGGGUACCUGGGUUCAAAGGGGAAAAGGGAGAUUUAGGACCACCGGGACCUCCAGGUUAUCCCAUGGCUAACCAUUUCCUGAAUCAUUACCUGACCGGCAUUAAGGGUGAAAAGGGAGAAAAGGGUGAAUCCAGUAAUGGACUUUUCAUCCAAGCUCCUCCAGGGCCUCCUGGAAGACCAGGAGAGAUGGGGCAAAAAGGAGAAUCUAUUGUUGGACCCAGAGGGCCACCUGGUGUUCCAGGGCUUCCUGGACCUCCUGGAUAUGGUAUAAUUGGCCCUCCUGGACCACCUGGCCCACCUGGUCCACCCGGACCCCAUGCUAUAUUUGGUUCAGUUCCUGUCCCAGGACCUCCAGGGCCACCCGGGCAACCAGGAAUACCAGGAUCCAGAAAUUUGGCAACAGCAACCAAAAAUAUUGAUGACAUGCUGCAAAAGACUCACCUGGUACCAGAAGGCACAUUGAUCUACUUGAGUGAAAGCAGCGAGGUGUAUGUGCGCGUUCGAGGCGGAUGGAGGAAAGUUCAGCUUGGCGACCUGAUUUCCCUUCCUGCUGACAGCCCCCCUCCACCUGCCAUUUCAGGCCACGGAAAUCAGCCAUUGCCUGCCUUGUCUCCUGGCAUAAAUACAGACUAUGGAACAGCAAACCUUCACCUCGUGGCUUUGAACGCGCCGUUCUCCGGUAACGUGCGGGCUGAUUUACAAUGCUUCCAGCAGGCUCGUGCUGUCGGCCUAACGUCCACCUACAGAGCCUUUUUGUCUUCUCAUCUGCAAGAUCUCCACAGUGUUGUGAGAAAAGCUGAUAGAUUCAAUCUCCCUAUUGUGAACUUGAAGGGUGAAAUACUUUUUGACAACUGGGAGUCCAUAUUUUCUGGUAAUGGAGGACAGUUCAAUGCGCGGAUACCGAUAUAUUCAUUUGAUGGCAGAAAUGUUAUGACAGACCCUACCUGGCCUCAAAAAAUAAUCUGGCACGGAUCAAGCUUGAACGGCAUUCGAUUGGUUCACAACUACUGCGAAGCCUGGAGGACGCCCGAGAUGGCAGUCAGUGGUCAGGCAUCGUCUCUGCGCAGCGGGAAGCUCCUAGACCAGAAUUCAUACAGUUGCUCUAACAAGUUUAUAGUAUUGUGCAUUGAGAACAGUUACAUAAUUGACACAAGAAAAUAAUGAGUGGCUCAGCUUAUCAAAAAAAGUUAAGAAA